GAGAAGAGAGAGAUCAGGCCAUCUCUCAUGGAUGCUUCGGCUGCGGUUCCUGCAUUGGAGAGGGUUGGGCUAGAUGACCCUCAGGAUCCCUCGCAACUCUAAUAAUAAUAAUAAUAAUAAUUUUUAUUUAUACCCCGCCCUCCCCAGCCAAGGCCGGGCUCAGGGCGGCUAACAAGCAAUAAUAAAAACAAGCUGAAUACAACUUAAAAACUAGAUUAAAAUACAACAUUAAAAUAUUGAAACGUUAAAAUAUUAAAAUGCAGCCUCAUCUCAGGAGGAGAAAGGAAAAAGAAAAAGUCCUAUGAUUCGGUAGUGGCAGUAAGGAGAUCAAGGGUUGUUCUUGGUGACUCUGCCUUAGCUUGAUGUUCACAGUUGAUUGGAUGGAUAAAUGGGUUUGGUGUUGUUGUUUUUCGAACUGAACACUUUAUAAAUUUGCCGCUGGGCUGGUUUGCCUUCAGACUACCUGCCUGCAGAGAAGCAGAGUGGCUUCCAGGUGAGGCCCGCAAGAGAAGGAAUGUGCCUCUUGCCCUUCCCUGAGGCCAGAUGAACCUUGUAUCGAUGGCAGCUGUGGUGGCAGUGGCAGAGCCGGAGCUGAAAUGGGUGUCCCUGUGGCUCCGUGUCCGCUGGGCGGCGGUGCUGGUGGUCCUGCUGGCUGCACUCCUCAUGUUGCUGCUCCCGUUGACGUCCGUGGAAGACCAGUACCAUGCCUUUUACAAGAGCUUGUCCUUGCUGAAGAGCAAGCUGGGAUUGGGUUACACAGGGAUCACCACGUACACAGGGCAGACGACGGACCUCAGCGUGACCUCAGGUGGAUUGCAGCUGCUGGUGUUGAAGCCCAAAGCCUCCCAAGAGGUCAGGUUAGAAGCCAGAGCAGCCCUGAACCAGGCGCUGGAGAUGAAGAGACAAGGUAAACGGGAGAAAGCCCAUAAGCUUUUCUUGCACGCCCUCAAGAUGGACCCCGAUUACGUUGAUGCCUUGACUGAGUUUGGCCUCUUCUCUGAAGAAGAGAAGGACAUAAUUCAGGCUGACUACUUGUAUUCCAAAGCCCUGACCAUUUCCCCCCGUAACGAGAAGGCUCUGAUCAAUCGCGACCGGACAUUGCCCCUCGUUGAAGAGAUUGACCAGAGGUACUUCAGCAUCAUUGACAGCAAAGUCCAAAAGGUCAUGUCCAUCCCGAAAGGCAGCUCCGCUCUCCGCAGGGUGAUGGAGGAGUCUUACUACCACCACAUCUACCACACGGUGGCCAUCGAAGGGAACACCUUGACGCUUUCUGAAAUACGGCACAUCAUCGAGACGCGCUACGCCGUUCCCGGCAAGAGUCUGGUGGAGCAGAACGAGGUCAUCGGCAUGCAUGCCGCCAUGAAGUACGUCAACACCACACUGGUGUCCAGAAUUGGGUCCGUGACCCUCACGGACAUCUUGGAGAUUCACAGGAGAGUGCUUGGCUACGUGGACCCAGUAGAGGCUGGGAGGUUUCGGACUACCCAGGUCUUUGUAGGGCACCACAUCCCCCCGCACCCUUGCGACGUCGAAAAGCAAGUGCUUGAGUUUGUACAGUGGAUCAACUCCGAAGACGCCAUGAGCCUGCACCCGGUUGAAUUUGCCGCCUUGGCCCAUUACAAACUGGUCUACAUCCACCCCUUCGUAGACGGCAACGGCAGGACUUCACGCCUCUUGAUGAACCUCAUUCUCAUGCAGGCGGGCUACCCGCCCAUCACCAUCCGCAAGGAGCAGCGGGCAGAGUACUACCAUGUCUUGGAAGUGGCCAACGAAGGUGACGUCAGGCCCUUCAUCCGUUUCAUUGCCAAAUGCACCGAGACCACUUUGGACAUGCUGCUCAUAGCCACAACUGAGUAUUCCGUGGGGUUGCCCGAAGCACAUGGCAGCACCACGGUUUGCAAGCAGACCAUCCCCGUCAAAACCCGAACAUGAAUGCCAGUGUAGGGGUCGUGACCCGCUUGGCAUUAUCAAACACAUGACUACUGGCACUUUCUUUUAAGCAUUUCAUCUAUUUAAAUAAGUUUUAAGUUAAAUCUGGGGGGGGGGGCAAGAAUAUUUCAAUAUUUAUUAUUCCCGAGAUAUAUGUAUUUUUUCAGUUUCACUGGCUUUAUUAUGGAGAGGGGAGCAGGGCAGCACCCUGAGGUGGAUUCAGCCAAAGACAUCUUUGCAAAUUGACAUCACUGUGUUUAAGGGAAACUGUUCUGCAAGGGACUUCUCAGCCAGCGCUCAUUGGACAAGAAAAACCUGUUGUUUGUUUGCCUAGGACAUUCUGGCUGAGGGGUCCCUUCCAACAAAGCAGUUCAGUUUGGCUUGAAGGCAUGGUGAUGCCCAAAUUCAGUGGCAGAGUCUGGGCUGUAUUUGACUGAAUCCACCCCAGGCUGCAUUUCAGAUCAGGGAGUGGCUAACCAGUGGUCUCUAGGUGUUGUUAGACUCCAACUCCCAUCAGCUCCAGCCAGGACAUCCCAUGGCCAGGAAUGAUGGGAGCUGUAGUUGAUCCAGUGCUGCAGAGCCACAGAUUAGCUACCUCUGCUUUUGACUGCAUAUUGCUUUACCCCCAUUUUUGUGUCAGUUUGUAUUCCAAACCUGGAACCCAACAUAUUUCCCUUUUACCCCGUAACUGGGGGACCUAAGUUGUUCCUUCUUCAUAACACAGGCUUGCCUAUUUAGCCUUCCCCCACCUUCAAAAAUAGGGGGGGGGGGGAGAUACAACACUCCUGUGAGACAUUUUGAUUGGGGCACUGAAAGGAUACCACAAGUAAUUCUGCUGGUGCUGGUGCUGGAGCCUGUUUGGAAAACACAACUUGAUGGUGCAGUAGGGAAAACUUGGGAUAUGUGGGGGAUAAGGAAGGUUUGCUGUUUAAAAGUUGGGUCCCCUGUGUACGUACAUGUACAUGUAUGUAAGAGCCCUGGUUUGGUACUGUUCACUUGUCCAGAGUUGAUUUCAUGGCCUGGCAUAUAUCCACUAUUUUUUUAAAAAAAGUAUCUAAAGAAAAUUUGAACAGAUAACAGAUCUGUUAUCACCCCUUUUUGAUAGCACUUUACAAAUUCACUUGACUUGCCAAUAAAGAAAUGGUGCUAAGCAUUGCACCCGAUUUGCGAAAGACAAA